AGAACCUGUGUGUCUCUCUCAGCAGACAGUUGGAGCUAAAUGCACUAAUUAUGUCAGCUGUGUUAAAAACGAGCCUCCAGCCAGUGAGCUUAACUGCGUUCAGCUUCUGUUAGUUUGUGUUUGUGCUCCUCUAGUUCUGGAAUAUAUUGUUUGAUUAGACUGAAUUUAAUUUAAAAAGGAGUGGAUAUGUUGCUCAACAUUUCCAAGGCUCACAUUUUGGUCAGCUUUGUGUUUCUUCUCAUCCUUUCUGGGGCCAUCUAUACCUACCUUGAAAAUAUCACCAUACCAUUCACUUUCUGCCAGCCGUGUCAUGAAAACCCUGAGUCAGUUGUGGAUGAAGCAGAAAAGCGUGUAGAGACGAAACAUUGCCCGCUUGAUGACAGCAGGAGGAGUGGAAACCUAAUAAUGAAAGCUGGACUAUCUUAUCCUCAGCCAAGCACACUGACAGGACGCACUGAUGUGAACUCUGUGACAAACUGGAAUGCUCCUCUGGUUUGGGAGGGAACCUUUGAUCCAGUGGUGAUUGAUGACAUUUAUAGCAGGAUGAACCCAAGAGUUGCUGUGGUGGUUCUUGCUGUUGGCAAAUACACUCGUUUCCUGAAGGGUUUCCUUGAAUCGGGUGAAAAGUACUUUCUUGUUGGUUUAAGGGUCACGUACUAUAUCUUCACAGACAAUGAACAGGAUGUUCCCAACGUUACACUGAGUGAAGGCCGGAAGAUUACAAUUCUCCCCGUCCCUAGUGCCAAACGCUGGCAGGACGUAGUACUCAGCAAGAUGAAAUGGGCAACCGUCACGAUUGACAAACAAAUCCGUAAUGAGGCCGAUUAUCUUUUCAUGAUGGACAUCGACAGCGUCUUCCACAACCGUUUUGGAGCAGAGAGUCUCAGUCAGAUGUCUGCUGUCCUUCACCGUGGCUUCUACAAGAAUAUAAACAGGGAUGGGUUUCCAUAUGAGCGUCGUCCUGAGUCCAAAGCCUAUAUUCCUGCUGGUGAAGGAGACUACUACUACACUGCAGCUGUGUGGGGUGGAUACCUGGAGGACAUGUACAGGCUCGUCAAAUACUGUUAUGAGCAGUCAGAGGAAGAUGCAAAGAACAACAUUGAAGCAGUGUGGCAGGAAGAGAGUCACCUGAACAAGUACUUUCUGUACAACAAACCAGCUAAGGUGCUGUCUCCAGAAUACCUGUGGUCAGACUAUGAUGCACCUGGAUCAGACAUUAAGCUCAUCAGGAUCUCUCAGUUGGUGAAGGACUAUGCUGAAGUGCGACCCAAUGGUGGACAAUGAUGUCACAUCAAUGAUAUUAAAGAAAUAACCCGUGACAGCACCUGGACAAUGAAGUUGUCAGGCAGACCACUAAUGUCAUGGCUGACUCUGUCAUUGAGGUUCAGAGAUACCUGGCAGAGAGCAACAUCCCAAGAUCCCAGGAUCCUUUGACCUGUUGGCACGAUCAAAAGAACACCUUCCCAAACCUCUUCCAGCUGUCCCUACAGUUUUUGUGCACACGAGCCUCAUCUGUGCCUUGUGAACGGGUGUUCUCUAAAGCUGGAGAACUCGCAUCAAAAAAGCGUAAUCGCCUGAAUUCCAAGAUGUUGGAAAAACCUUUUUUUUUUUUUUUUUUUUAAAUAAAAAUU